UUGAGCUGUGAAGGUUUUUUCACCUGAUCUAUGGAGGGGGGAGGGAACAUCACUGAGAAGUCUUCUAGCUGGGAAAUAAUAUUGUUUGUCUCUAAUUUGUCUAUCUUUAUUGCUUUUCCUAGGUUUGUAACAAUGGUAAAGGAGGAUACUGUACGUGACAAUGAAAAUCCUGACCCAUCAGUAUGUGACAGAAAUGGCAUGAUUCCCAUGCAUGAGCAAAGCGAGGAGGGACCAACAGCAGAUGCCAAAGGUACUGAUGGGACUAUACAAACAGAAGAAACUGCUCUCUUGAAUCACUGUGCUCAGCCACCUCCGGAACCGAUAGCAGCCUCUUCAAUACCUGCAAGAACUUGGAGGCAAAUAUUUACUUGUCCUCCUCAGGGUUUACUGGCCCAAACAGUGACAAAUGUUGCAAUCGUGGUCCUGGUCUGGGCUGUGGUUUGGUCCAUCACUGGGACUGAGUGUCUCCCCGGUGGAAACCUGUUUGGAAUUCUCUUUCUUUAUUUUUUUGCUGUCAUUGGAGGUAAAAUUUUUGGAUUCAUUAAAAUACGAACACUACCCCCUCUCCCCGCUCUUCUGGGGAUGCUACUUGCUGGUUUCCUAAUCCGAAAUACCCCGUUCAUCAGUGACAUCGUCCAGAUAAAGCUACGCUGGUCUGCUGCACUGAGGAAUGUUGCUCUUUCAAUUAUCUUGACCCGAGCAGGACUCGGCCUGGACCCAAAGGUAUGGCAUCAACCGUUUGUUUGAGACACAGUAUACAGAUUGAAAAAAUUGAAUAAUCAGUUCUGUUAAAAAU